AUGAUGCUUCAACACCCAGGCCAGGUCUCUGCCUCGGAAGAAGAGCUGAGGUUUGCCAUCCAGAACAAGCACCUCUGCAACCGGAUGUCCUCUGCACUGGAGUCGGUCACUGUCAGCAACAGACCUUUCGAGAUGUCAGUCACGAAAGCCGAGAGCAGUGACAAGUGA